UUAUACACGUUGUUAAGGGAGAGUCAGUCGAGCGGCAGUUCUUCCGAAGUUACGCCGAAACUUCCAUAAUAAUGUUGCGCUCAAGAUGAGUCGCCAGCAGGACGAGCAGGGUGUCGUGUUAACCGCUUACACCAGCAACAGCGAGGCCUUGCCAGCUAUCAGCUGUAAAGAGCAAACGGAGUUUCUCGGAGCGAGCCGCAGAACUGGCCAGUACAAUGUCCAGCGGUGCAAAGGCUCAGGUAAGGCACCGUACCAGCGCUGCAGCUCCCAGGACUCUCUGGACGAGCAGGCCAUGGUGGACUACUUCAAAGAGGUGGAGAUCAUCCAGCGCAGCGGAGACGCAGAGACGCAGGAGGACCUGCAGCUGAAGGUGGCUGAUGAGGGCGAGCAGGAGGAGGCAUGGCUGAUGGAGGCGGGGCUUGCGACGCUGUUCGACGAAUCGGCUUCAGACGGCGAGGACAGCAUCGUUCUGCUGUCGACUCUGACCCGAACGCAAGCAGCCGCCGUGGAGAGACGCGUGGAGACACUCAAACAGACGCUACGCAAACGCAACAAACCGUACAGUGUCCCGGAUGUUCGAGAGAUCUUUAAACCAUCACCUGCUUCACAAAGCAAAGAUGAGGCUGGAUCCACAGAAAGAAGUGCGAGCAGUAAACAGGAAGUGGAAGGACUGGGGAAUGGGGCGGGGCCUGACGCUGAGACGGACAUUAACCUGGAGGUGUCGUUCUCCGAGCAAGCACUUAUCUACAAAGAAGGGUUGAAGGUUACCCAGCCCCAGAAUGAAGCUGACGACAGGUUACCCGAUUUUAGAGUGUCUCAGGAUAAGACCGGACAGACAAGAGUAGGCGAUCUCUCCGCUGAGGACAUGAAGAAGGUUCGCAGGCUUGUUCUGAUCGAGAUGAGCGCUCUGUUCGACACGUGUGGCAUCGAGGUGAAGGCUCAUAAAGCUCUCAAGGUCAAAGUGAGAGAGUCGGGUUUGUUUGGUGUUUCUCUCUCUACGCUGCUGGAACAAGACCAGCGGAGGAUCCUGGGAACCAAAGUGCCUCUUAUCCUGCAGCAUUUGAUCUCUCACAUAGAGGAGCAGGGUUUAGACACCGAGGGAGUGCUGCGGAUCCCUGGAGCCGCUACUAGAGUGAAGGCCGUCUGUCAUGAGCUGGAACACAAGUUUUAUGAAGGCAUGUUCCCGUGGGAGAGUCUCAAACAGCACGACACAGCCAGUCUCCUGAAGCUGUUCAUCAGGGAGCUGCCCUAUCCUCUGCUGACCGUCGAGUACUUCAACGCCUUCAUCUCCGUGCUGAAGCUGCCCACUAAGAAACAGCAGCUGCAGGCUCUCAACCUGCUGGUGCUCCUGCUGCCAGAACCCAACAGAGACACUCUCAAGGCUCUGAUGGAGUUCUUCCAAAGAGUGACUGACCAUAAGGACAGGAAUAAGAUGACGCUGAACAAUGUUGCAGUGGUGAUGGCGCCCAACAUCUUCAUGUGUAAGGGCUUCCGCAGUAAGAUCAGUGAACAGCAGGAGUUCGCUAUGGCCACUGGCACCGCUAACAUCGUCAGGCUGCUCGUCCGCUACCAGAACCUCCUCUGGACGAUUCCCAAGUUCGUCCUGAAUCAGGUGCGCAAACACAACAUGGAGAACCAGCGGAAGAUGAACCGAGACCGAGUGGUUAAAAAACUACUGAAGAAGAUGGCAUACGACCGCGAGAGAGCCUCUGACAAACAGGAGAAAAACACUGAGGCUGAAGGAGGCUUCAUAAGGGUCCAGGCUCCUCAGUUCUCGAUGGUGUCCAUGGCCAUACAGCUGACGGAGGAUUUAAAGGCCUCCGAUGUUCUGACGCGCUUCCUCAGUCAAGAGAGGUCUCUGUCUGUGAAAAGAGAAGAUCUGUGUCUCUAUGAGAUGGGAGGAAACAUCAAGGAGAGAUGUCUGGAUGAAGAGACGUACAUCAAAGCUGUCCUGGAGCUCAACCCCAGUGCAGAGUGGGUCAUUAAAUCUGUCCAGCACUGACUGGGCCUCCCACAACAAGACAUGCCAAUCACCCCAUCAUGCCACGCGCCUUACAGUCCACCACAAACAGACCAUUAAAGGGAAAGCAGCAGGAUUCAGAGCCUAACACGAGCGAUCUGUAUAUAGUUCACCUCCUCUGACAUGCAUUCAGCCCGUCCUCUGCCACUGCUCAAACCAAACAAAUCGCACACGUCAAACACAAAUAUGGUUUUCAGUAGAUUCUUGAGCAGCAGUUGUAUGAACAUCCUUUAUAGUAGAAACCAAAAAAGCUCAUAGUGUCCGUGGUGAUUUAGUCUGGUUUGGCACUUUGGCACAUUUUAAUCGCUUGUGAAGGAUAGGUUGUUUGAUUAGUAAAAAAUCAGAGACUAAUUUACAAAGUUUUCUCAAAAAUUUCACAAAAAAUCUCCAGGUCACAUUUCAUCCUAGAAGAAGAAAUAAACUGUAUUUUGCAAGAAAAUGUUGCCUGUUUUUAAGACUUUUGCAUUGUAAAAUUUUCAUCAUAAUUCAAUACGUUUCCACUCUAAAUUCUUAUUAUUGUAACACCCAAAAAAUCUCAUCAGGCAUCUGGAGUUGUUCUUUUGGGUUCUUUUUUAAAUUCUCAUUCUCAUUACGUUCUCACUGUGGUUGAAGGAGUGAAAUACUUCACGAUUUCAGUAAUAUUUUGUGUUUUUAUCAUUGCAGUAAGCAGUCUUUUGUAUUAAGGCAAUAAGGACCUGGGGAUAUGCUUAAUUAUCGUGAAAAUUGUUACAAUGCACAUUUUUAUAUAUAUAUAUAUAUAUAUA